AUGCGUUCAGACCUGUUGGAUAUUUUCAAAGAGGCUACGGAGAAGUAUGGAAUUAUUAUGCUAAACAUUACGCAGUGCUGGUAUGGAUCAGUUCAGGCUAAGUAUUCUACCGGAGCGGUUCUCGAAAAGAUCGGUGUCAUUCCUGGCUAUGAUAUGACUCCUGAGGCUGCGCUAGCGAAAAUGGCUUAUGUGCUAGGACGCUUCAAGGACGCGCCAACGAGGCGGCGCAUGCUCACCCAUGACCUUCGUGGUGAGGUUACUUUGCCACCAGCAGAGUUGACGGUGGCACCUAAAGAGACUCCCGCCUUUAGUCUUCGAAACGUAGUCAGCGGGCAGGCAGGCAUCACCCAAAUGGUAGGGCAUAUCGGCUCUAUCCUCUCUAAUGCCACUGAGGAUGGUCCCGCCAAUGUCUGGGCUAUGCGUAUCCUUCCCUACCUCUUCUGUGGAGCCGCAGAGGCUAACGAAUGUGAUGUGCUUGAACAACUCGGCAAUAUAACCCAUAAUUUUGAGUUUUGCGACAAUGAACAAAGACGGCCCCUGCAUGUUGCUGCAGCGAAUGGCCACAUGAGGGCUUGCAGACUACUUUUGGAGAAGGGAGCAAAUCCGAACUCCACAGAUCGGUUUGGUUACACCCCACUAACCCACGCCAUUCGAAGCACUAAAGCAAGUUCCGAACUCAUCAACCUACUGCGACAGUACGGCGCCACUCUCUCACCAGUAGAAGCAACGAGAGCACGAGAGGUCAAUCACGCCGCCAUGCUGGGCAAGGUUAACCAGCUGCAAUUCUACAAAAUGGCUGGGAUGUCGCUUCAAGAGCUGGACUUACAGGGACGAGCCCCAUUGCACACUGCAGUUUGUCACCGACAAUUGGAAAGUGUUCGCUAUCUUAUUUCCCCAGAGGCCGAAGGAGGAGCCGGGGUCGAUGUUUUGCAGAAGACCUCGUAUGGGACAACUGCUUAUGAAGAAGCUCUUCAACGCAACCUUCCUGAGAUAUUAUCACUGCUCAAGCAACCAAGUACUCACCGUCUUUCAUAG